GUGAACUCAUAUCAGUUGAAGAAUGCCGGUCCAGACACUACUCCGAGAAAGAGAGUACAUUUCUGUUUGAAUUUGAAUGGCAAAAACGUCGCUGGUGCAUUGAUGCAUCAAAAGAAGAUGGCUCUCUUGGAAGAUUAGUGAAUGACAACCAUAAAUCUCCAAACUGCAUCAUGAAAAAAAUCAUAGUAAACAACAGACCACAUCUGUGUCUAUUUGCUGUGAAGAAAAUAGAAAUUGGAACUGAAAUUGAGUACAACUACGGUGAUUGUGAAUGGCAAUGGCGUAAAAAGCUAACGCACAAGCAGACUCCUGCUGUGGCAGCAGAGACUGAGAUGUCCCCCAGACAUGGUGCUUUGCAUGAGAAUUCAGACCAAGAUGAUGCGUGUACACAGGUAACAAUCAGGCAGGCUCCUGCUGUGGCAAUAGAGACUGAGAUGUCCCGCAUACAUGGUGCUUCACAUGAGGAUUCAAGCCAAGAUAAUACUCAUGCACAGGUAACAAUCAGGCAGGCUCCUGCUGUGGCAGUAGAGACUGAGACGUCCCCCAUACAUGGUGCUUCACAUGAGGAUUCAAGCCAAGAUGAUGCUCAUGCACAGGUAACAAUCAGGCAGGCUCCUGCUGUGGCAGUAGAGACUGAGACGUCCCCCAUACAUGGUGCUUCACAUGAGGAUUCAAGCCAAGAUGAUGCUCAUGCACAGGUAACAAUCAGGCAGGCUCCUGCUGUGGCAGUAGAGACUGAGACGUCCCCCAUACAUGGUGCUUCACAUGAGGAUUCAAGCCAAGAUGAUGCUCAUGCACAGGUAACAAUCAGGAAGGCUCCUGCUGUGGCAGUAAAGACUGAGACGUCCCCCAUACAUGGUGCUUCACAUGAGGAUUCAAGCCAAGAUGAUGCUCAUGCACAGGUAACAAUCAGGCAGGCUCCUGCUGUGGCAGUAGAGACUGAGACGUCCCCCAUACAUGGUGCUUCACAUGAGGAUUCAAGCCAAGAUGAUGCUCAUGCACAGGUAACAAUCAGGCAGGCUCCUGCUGUGGCAGUAGAGACUGAGACGUCCCCCAUACAUGGUGCUUCACAUGAGGAUUCAAGCCAAGAUGAUGCUCAUGCACAGGUAACAAUCAGGAAGGCUCCUGCUGUGGCAGUAAAGACUGAGACGUCCCCCAUACAUGGUGCUUCACAUGAGGAUUCAAGCCAAGAUGAUGCUCAUGCACAGGUAACAAUCAGGCAGGCUCCUGCUGUGGCAGUAGAGACUGAGACGUCCCCCAUACAUGGUGCUUCACAUGAGGAUUCAAGCCAAGAUGAUGCUCAUGCACAGGUAACAAUCAGGCAGGCUCCUGCUGUGGCAGUAGAGACUGAGACGUCCCCCAUACAUGGUGCUUCACAUGAGGAUUCAAGCCAAGAUGAUGCUCAUGCACAGGUGUUAACCCUCGUGGAUUAUCCCCUAAGUGAUGAAACAGAUGAGGACUGCAUAGAAGACCCACUUCUAAAUCUACACUGCAAUGAGAUGUAUAGAGUAUCAGAUGUUUGUGAGCCUCUGUUUAGUUCAAAUGAGAGCACAGUGGAUGAAACUGAUGAGGAUUCCAUGAAAAACUAUUCUGGUGUGCAUUCAGAGCACAACAUUGUUCCAAAGUUAAGAAGGACAAAGAGCUUAUUGAUGGCUAGGAUACCAGAUUUUUCUGAUGCUCUUUUUGAUUCAAGUGAGGACAGCAGCGAAGGCCCUUCCUUUAAGUCUGAAAGAGCUUCACGAAGGCUGCAACCCGUGUGA